CAUAACUCAAAAUUCUCAGCUUCAUAGUGGAAGGAGCGUAUGAGAAUUUUUGUUCAAUCAAACAACUUCAAAAUUUGGCUUGCUAUCAAGAAUGGAGAUAGCUUGCCAAUGAAGAAGAUAGGCGAUACACUCAUCCCGAAGGACGAGGAUGAAUAUGAUGAAGCCGAUCUUAAGAAGGCUCAAUUAAAUGCCACCGCCAUCAACUUCUUGUAUUGUGCUGUCAACGCCAACGAUUAUCAAAAGAUAUCUCGUUGCCAAACCGCCAAUCAAAUGUGGAACAAGCUCAUGGUCACAUACGAAUGUACGCCUCAAGUUCGUGAAUCAAAAAUUGAUUUACUAACCCAUGAAUAUGAGUUAUUUGCUAUGAAAGAGAACGAACUUGUGGAGGACAUGUUUGGAAGAUUUUCAAACAUCGUCAACGACCUUGAUAUGCUUGGAAAGACGCUCACCGACAAAGAGUUAGUGAGAAAAAUCCUGCGAAGUCUUACCAAGGAAUGGGAGUCAAAGGUAAACUCCAUAUAUGAAGGCCGAGAUUACAACGUCAUCACAUACGACGGUCUUCGAGGUAACCUUAUCACUUAUGAAACAAAUCAUCUUUCUCAUACUCUUGAUGUAAAGAAGAAAAUGGGAAUUGCUUUUAAAGCAUCUUCUUCUCAAAGAGUAGAGAUUAAUUAUUCGGAUAGUGAUAGCAGCGGUUCUAGUGUUGAUAGUGAUUCUAACACUUCUUGUGAUAUUUUGGUUGAAUGUUUUAACGAGUUUAUGAAAUAUGAGCUGAAAAAGAGCAAGAAGAAGAACACCCCAAAGUGUCAUAAGUGCGGAAAGCUUGGUCACCGAAAAUUUGAGUGCCCGAAGCUCAAGAAGAUGAGCAAACAAGAUGAAUUCACAUACUUUUCAUGGAAGUAUGAUGAACCUUCCAAAGACGAUUGCCUUAUCGCUCUUGAAGAACAAGAUGGGUGGUCGGGGUUUCAUUCGCCAACGAUGUUGCCUGGCUCUCCACUCUUACCGGUUCCCUUCUCAUCUUGUUGCGUCCGAUCCCCUCCUCAAUUUCAAUAUUGCACCAACCCAGGUCGCCAUCGUCUUUUGCCGCUGGGUGAGAACAGUGCCACAGGAGGUCGGCACCCUCCCAUCAGUGUGACAGAGGCGGAGGCCCUCAUCCAGAGGGUGGGGAUCACCGCGGAACAGUUCAAGGAGGUGAUGGCGGCCCUGACCCCGAACCUUGAGGUUUUGGUGGAGGAUGUGACUGGGGAACCCGCCGGAGGAAAGGCUGGACCUACGGGCUCGAGGGGGAAAAAGAAGAAGAAGGUAAGGCGGUCCCAAAAAAACAAGGCGACCAAGCCUAACAGAAAGGCGAUAAUGGAGGAUGAGCUGUCCAGGUUGGAAGAGGAAGGUGAGUCGUCCUCCUUUGACCAGGCGUUAGCCUUCAAUCGGUUGGGAGAUCCCAAAUCAAAGAAGCCCCGGACCUCGGCGUUCGAUCGGCUACAAGAUACUCAGUCGGCUCGCAAGGGCGACCUGAGAGAGAAACUCAAGGAGAGGAGAGGAGAGUCCUCGGAAACAUCCAAGAUUGGCUCGGAAGAGCGACGAAAGGCGGUCGAGGAUAAGGAGGCGAUCAAGUUGUGGAGGAUGUACGAACGCCUGGAGAAGCGGCUAGAUGCCCAGAACCCGUACCGCCAGGUGGUCUUCAGCAAGGUAACCCCCUUCUCCAGAAGGGUAAUGUCAUGUCCUCUCCCGGACAACUUCAAGACCCCACAAGUCAAGGCGUACAAUGGGACAACUGAUCCCCAAGACCAUCUCGCUCGUUUCGGCACGAACGUGGUUAAGUAUGCGUACUUUGAGGAUAUCAAAUGCAGAUGUUUCCUAGCAACAUUGGAGGGGCAAGCUUGUGAAUGGUUCCAUAAGUUGCCCAAAGGAUCGAUCGAUAAGUGGAGCGACCUAGCCCACAAGUUUCUGGAACACUUUGCGUCUAGCCGAAGCACCCACAAUACGUCGGAGUGCGUUACGCUGAAAAAGGAAAUGGAGACGGGCAGGAAGACGGAAGGAGACAUCUGGGGAGAGACUGACCUGGAUGAAGAAGAAAGGCAGAACCGCCGGCAUUUGGGGUGUCAGUUCAUCAUGGGUGGAAAUACCGGAGGGGACUCGGUGUCCUCACGGAUAAAAUGGAAGGAUAUGGUUCACCUGGCCGAGGUGCACAGGCCACCGCUGCCCAAGCGGAAGAAGAAGGAACCAUUGAUCUUCACGGAUGAAGAUUACCUGCCAGUAAUAAAGGUAGAGAUCAAUAACGUGGUCGUCCAUCGCACGCUGGUCGAUACUGGCAGCUCGGUCAAUAUUAUGUACAACAAUGCUUUCAGAGAGCUCGGGUUAUCCCGGGACGACCUUAAGCCAAUACGCACCCCGCUGUCAGGGUUCACGGGGGACACUAUUGAAGUAGAGGGGACCAUCACAGUGAAGGCUGGGGUAAGAGAUGGCACCCACAGACUUUGGCUUGACAUGGAAUUUAUGGUAGUGCAGCUUGACUGUGCACACCAUUUAAUCCUAGGGCGACCGGGUCUGGAGGACUUGGACUGCGUAAUCUCCCCUGUCCACCUGUGUAUGAAGUUCGCCACCACCACCGGGGUAGGGGUGGCUAGAGCAAAUCAGAGUUUGUCCCGGUCGUGCUAUGUCAAGGCGACCAAGAGCCAGGCACGGGUCAAUGAAAAUGUCAACACGAUGUGUGCCGCGAUACAGAAGGAAGAAAGGCGACCCAGAGUGGAACCGGCGGAGGAGGUGGAAGAAGUUUCCCUGGACCCAGCCAAGCCGGAGCAGAAGGUAAAGGGUCCAGAGGAUAUGCCUAGAGUCGACUCACGAAUCAUCUGCCACAGAUUGGCGGUGGAUCCGGCCCACAAGCCAAUCAAACAGAAGAAGCGUUUCCUUUCCUCGGAAAGGAGAGACUUUGUCAAUAAGCAGGUGACCACCCUGCAAUCCAUCGGGCACAUCCGCACUAGAAACUACAUGGUGAUUCGCACUAAGAUGCCCAUCAAGGGCGGAAGAGCAAUUGAAGAGGCAAAUGUGGCAGCCCUGCAUGCUCAAGUUGAUUAUCUAGCCAAGCAAAUAGCCCAGCUCACUAAACAAAAGCUAGCUAUGUUGCAAUCCAGUGAUGAUGAAGAAGAAGCUAGUUCCAUUGCCACCAUAAGAACUAAAGCUCAAGAUAAGUCCGGUUCUGAUUUCAAAGUGGAUAUUCCCAUCUUUGAAGGAAAGAGUGACCCGGAUGAGUUCCUAGAAUGGCUGGAAACAGUAGAGAGAGUAUUUGACUUCAAAGAAGUAUCCGACGAGAAAAAGGUCAAGCUUGUAGCCUUGAAGUUUCGGAAAUAUGCAUCUACCUGGUGGUCCAACAUCAAAACCAAGAGGAGUCGAGAUGAGAAACCCCCGGUUGAUACCUGGCAAAAGAUGAAGACUCUCUUGAAAAAGAAGUUCCUACCUACUGAGUACGUACGUGAGAAUUUUGCUAGGCUUCAAACGCUUAGACAAGGUUCAAAAUCUGUUGAGGAUUACACCAGAGAAUAUGAAGAACUCUUGCUAAGGUGCAAUCUGCAGGAGAAUGAAGAACAAACCUUCGUAACUGGCGAUGUACCAGUGAGAAUUGGGGACCAGUUGACAAGGAAGGAGAUCCACCUCGUUGAGGAACUCAAUCAACAACGAGUGAAGAGGGAAUCGUAGCCCUUUCUUCAAAGAAUCCAGAUGCACGGUAAAGAACCCUGAAGGGGCAUCCAGGGCGGUCCGGGUGCUGGUGGGCCGUAGGUCCUCGAUGAAGGGCCCAACCAUGUCAAUGGCGUCGGCGAACACACGGUUAGUAAUUCGACAAUGGCACAACGCCAUGAUGUUCUCAUCUAGUCUAACCCUCUUGCCCUUCAGUGCUGGGGU